UACUGUCAUUUUACUUUCUCCCUGUUCCUCUAUCAAGAAUUAACUUGUGAACAUGCAUAUCUCUGAAAUCAUGACAUGUAAGAGGAAAUGAAAUGUAGUUAGUAAGGGUAAGAAAGGUGACUUUUCUGCAAGUAUGCCAUGGUAUGUCACAUCAAUUCUUAUGUUCAAGCUUAGUGGUCAAAUUGUAUAGUAGCAGAAUUCACUAUCUCAGUGUUUUAUACCUUAAAAUUCUACAUUUGCUUUCUAGAUGGAAACCUACAGUUUAAAUCAGAUUAGGAACAAAACCCAGACAGACUUGUGAGGGAACAUGGAAGCAGUCUUUUUAAUUCAUUAGACAGAUCAUUCCUUAAAAUCAAAGCUAUCAUCAGUGUCUAGAGAGUCUUCCAAAUAAUUUAUAAGAGUCAAAAUAUUUUAGAGAAGGCAUCUUCACUUCUAAGACUCAUUCCACACAACCAUGUGCACUCUACCUAUUCCACCAAGCUCCAACCUUCCACCUUUUUAUGUCCUAUUUCUUGUUCUACCCUCUUGUUUUUGCAUUACAGAGUGAGGAGGCCUCAGGAAGUUCUAAUAAACACUAUCAAACAACCCAAAAAGGCUUAGUUACUUCUUCCAAACAUUGAAUCUCUUGUUGUCUGUUACCUUUUACAUAUGUUAACAUUAUUCUUUUUGGGACUCGAGAGUUGGAUAUUGGUGAACAGUAAGCACAUUUCGAGCAAGCUCACAGGCUUCCUUUAUAAUCAAACUCCUCAUCCAAAGCUCAAUUUAGAGACAGAGAGGAGCCUGAGUAGAAUUAAUUGCAGGGAUUGUGAAACAGAGGAAUGAGGCUGUGAUAACAGCUCUUUUGGCAUUCUAUAAAGGUGGUGUCCAAGUCUCAGAGUAAUACAAUGGUUUGGGGAGAGGAAAGUAGUUUUACUCUCAUUUGCUUGAACUAAAGUUGUCAUCUUUUUCGCUCCCUAAAUCAGAGGAAAUGAUUUGAAAGAGCCAUCAUUGCUAUCUGUGAUUCCGUCCAUCUCCUGUUGGCUGCAUGCUUGGCAUUGGACCAUGGUUUCAUCAUUAGUAUCCCCAAAAGAGAAAGAAGAGACAUGGAGUAAAGGAGGGGUGGGGGGGGGCAGUGGAAGGGGCUGACUUAGGAGAUGAGGUUUAUAUGUAGGAAUUCAUCUUGUAAGAAACACAACUUGAUGUUCUUCAUCUUAAUUGAAGGUUUCUAAGCUGUCAAACUCACAGUUGACAACCUCAAAUGUGAUUUCUCUCUUAGAAAGACACCAUUAAGCAGACAUUAGAAUGGCAGAGUUUACACUCAGAAGGCUUGAACAAGGCCACACAAGGAUCAGAAAUGUUCCCAUUGCAGUAACCCCAGAAGGAUUCUGGUGUUGUCCCUCUCCUGCAGCCAUCCAGAAGACCCUUAAGAAUCAAAAUCUUCAAGACAGACACAGAGCCACAUCUCCACUGCACUCAAAGGCCUCAUCUCUUCAGAGGCCAUCACUUCCCCCUGUGGACAAAAGAUCAGUCUCUACGUCACUGAGGUCGAGGCUCAUUUCUGAUGAGCAGAGAUGUCCCAACUCUAGCACUGCUACUUCCGUAUCAUCAAAGGCUCCUGAGAGACCCCAGAAGCUAAAUGUUGAAUCUCAGCAACGCAAGAUAUCGGUCGGCUUUGGUCAGCUGGAGACCAGUGACUUGAAAGUUACUCUGCAUGGAAAGGGAGCUACUUCUGUGAGGAUGAGUGUUCACAAGAACAUUCUUGCGGAAAACAGUAGCUUCUUUGCAGAUAAGCUCUCUGGGUUGUCUCCAGUGCCCCAAAUUGAAAUGGCAGACUGCGAAGAUGUGGAAAUUUUUGUCGAGACCAUGGGGUUGAUGUACUGCAAAGAAAUUAAACACAGACUGAUCAAACAAAGUGUUUCUCGUGUACUUCGUAUUCUGAAGGUUGCUGAAACGCUUGGCUUCCAAGCAUGCAUCAAAUCAUGUCUGGAUUACUUGGAAGCAGCACCAUGGAUUGGAGAAGAAGAAGAUGAUGUCGUCUCAUCUGUUCGACGACUUCAGGAUGACAACUAUGGCAUCAGUCCUAUACUAAACCGAGUAGCUUCUGAUCUAUCCAACCAACCAAAUGACACACUCUCUCACAUAAUGGAGUUAGUCCUUGAAAGCACUGAGGAUAGAGGUCGACGGGAAAUGAAAUCCUUAGUGUUGAAACUUCUGAAGGAAAUUAACCUCAAGACAAAUGGAACUGUUGAGAUUUGCACUGAAAGUUUAUACAGUUCGUGCCAGCGAUGCUUAGAAUCACUGCUGAAUCUAUUCAGACAAGCAUCCGAGCCUGAUUUUUCUGAUAGAUCUUUGGAGAGCAAAGAUCCUGUGGUGCGACAGAUCACUCUCGAGGCAGAUAAUCUCAUCUGGUUACUUGAAAUUUUGGUUGACAGGAAUGCAGCAGAUGAAUUCACAUUGAUGUGGACUAGCCAGAAUGAACUUGCAGAACUGCACACGAAAGUGCCAACCAUGUCCCGUCACCUGGUCAGCUGCAUCACCUGCAGGCUCUUCGUUGGAAUCGGAAAUGGCGAGAUGCUUCCUUCGAAGGAAACCCGCAAGCUGCUGUUACAUGUAUGGUUGCAGCCACUGAUCAAUGACUAUAGCUGGUUACAGCAUGGUAGCAGAUCGUUUGAUCGAAAAGUGGUGGAGGAAGGAAUUGGCCGAACGAUUCUAACGCUUUCUUUAGAAGACCAGCAAAGCAUUCUGCUGUCUUGGUUGGGAUGUUUCCUGAAGGCUAGUGAUAACUGUCCUAAUCUUCAGAGAGCCUUUGAGGUCUGGUGGAGGAGGACAUUCAUCAGGCCUUAUGUUGAACAGCACGGGAGCGAUCUGCAGUCAGGCAAAGCUUGACUUUAGGCUGGAAGACAGAAUGCCUACCUCUCAAUUGCAUGGUAUCAGUUCAAUGGCACAUAUGUGUGCAAGCAUUACAGAGUGAUGUGCUCUCUGUCUGGGAGAUGUGAUUGCAUUUUAUGAUUAUGUUUGCUUGUAAGCUAUGAAAGAAAUUUUCGAGUUGUUAACUAGUGACAAUCUUGCUAUAUUGAGUUUUCAGAGAAAUCAGAUGUAUGCUUUAUUUACAUA